AUGGCGACUGAUCUUGAUCUUUUUCUUUAUCCUAAUGAAAAUGGUUUUAUUGGAAAAAUAGCAUUAAAUACAACAGGUAAUGUUGCUAUCGAUAAAACUCUUCUAUCAGAAUCAAAGAUAUCUACCGUUGUUAUUCUCGAUCGUUCUGGUUCUAUGGGUAAUUCUGUUCCAAGAUUUGUUAAUGAAAUUUUACCAGGCAUUUUCAAAACACUUGGCUAUAAUAAAAAUGAUACAAUUAUAUUGAUUACAUUCGAUAGUACUCCUAAUUUAUAUAAAAUUCCAGCGAAUCAAUUAUCUAAAUUCAGUAUUAAAUGUCAAGGUCAAACCUUUAUGGCAACUGGUAUUUCUACUUUAACAAAAUUCAUUCGAGAUGAUAUACCCAAAGAUUGUCAUAGUUUACGAUUAUUAACAAUAUCCGAUGGAGAAGUUCAAGAUCCAGCUAAUGUACAAACUGAAGCAGCUCAAUUAGCUUUAUUAAUUAAAAAUGAGUUCACGAUUAAUUCUCAAGCUGUUCGUCUUUUCACUUCAUCAUCUCAACCCGAUACAAAAGCUGUUUCAAGUCUUUUACAAUUAAAUAAUGUCUCAAAUGUAAAUCUACUUGAUUUACAAACAAGUUUAACAAAUAUAGAAAUUAUUGCUACAAUUGCUAGUUUAUUUUCUAAUGAUUCAUUAAAUCAACAUGCGAUAUUAAAAUCUGAUGAAACUAUUUUAAAAAGUACACCAUGGCAAACUACUAUGAAUAAUACUCUAUCAUUAUUUCCAGGUGAGAAUUUAUUUUGGUUAAGUAAAUUACCCACAGGAAAUUUAAUUGUUGGUGAAACAAAUGUUAAAAUUCAUAUAAAAGAAGGAUUAACUGUUGAUACAUAUGAAAAUUUAUUGAAAACAAAAAUUGAAUAUUAUAUAAAUCAAUUAAGAAUUCUUAAAAUUGUUAAUACAAAUGAAUCGAAAAAUGAAAUUAAAGAUAUGAUGAAUUAUUUUCAAAAUAUGGAAAGUUCAUUAUUAACAAAUCAAGAUGAUGUGAAAAUACUUCUUAAUGAUUCUAGUUUACGUGCUCGUUUACAAUAUUUAAAAACAUCGAUUAUUCGUAAAAAGAAAUCAUUUGUUAUGCGAAUGUCUCAAAUUGCUAAUGAUGAUAAAGUUUCACAAUUGAAUUCUGCACAACAAGCUGACUAUUUACGUGCAGUUGAUAAUACUUCGAAAAAUGCUCGUGGUUUAGCACGACGUGCUGUUACACAGGGAUUAGAUUUUAAUGAAAUUCUUCGUAAAGAAGUACGAAUUAUGGCUGAACAUAUUCAUGAAUUACAAGAUAUUGAUGAUAAUAAUCAUUUAGUAUCAUUUUUUUCUCAAGAUACAACACUUGGUGGAAUUCGUACUGUUUGUGAAUUAGUUACGGAUAAUAUUCUAGAUGAUAUUGAUGCAAAUGAUAUUUUACGAAUGAUAAAUAUAGUUGGUGUAGGUUGUUCAGGUCCAAUUGGUGAAUUUCCUGAUCCGAUGACAUGGAGAGUUAAUGAAAUCUAUGUAGGUUGUUAUGUUAGUUUAUCCGAUGUUUUAACAGCUUUCAUGCAAUCACAAGGUCGAUCAUUACAAGCACCAGCUAUAAAUAAAGAUAUUACAAAUGUUAUUCCUAUUAUUGAAGAUGAACGUAUUGCAAAAUUUUUACAAAAAUAUGCACCGUCAUUAUUAGAAUAUACUUGUUCAAUUGGUAUGAGACGUCUAUUAGCAGAUGUUCCAAUGACUGCUGGUUAUACCAUUUGUGCUGGUGUUUGGAAAUUAAUUGAAGAUUUAAAUAUAAAUAAAUCCGAAAUACAUUUAAAAACUUUUAAUGAAGUAGUUAAAACAUAUGAAAUUGUUGUUGGUAAUUAUUUUCAACAUAUAAUGCCUUAUAUUAAACAACAACAAAAUAAUCAAUUAUCUUAUUAUAUUGCAAAUAAUGGAACAACAAAUAUGAUAAGUCCAUUUAUUAAAUUAUAUCGUGAAAAUGAUAUAACAAAAUUAGAACAAAUACCAAAGAUUUUACGAGCUUUAUAUACUUAUGAAAUUUGGCAAGCAAUUCGACGACAAUAUAAAAAUCGAGAUGAUUCAGAUCAAAUUGCACAAAAAAUGCUUGAUCAAUUAAUUGGACUUGAUUUAAAUAAAUAUAAAACAUCAUUACAACCAUCAUUUGAAGUUGAACCAUCAUUAAAUGAAAUACAAUUUCAUGAUCAAAUACAUACGGAUGAAAUAUAUUUAGAUGAAUUACUUCAAACAGUUUAUUAUGUUGAUUAUAUUACUUUAUUACCUAAAUAUAUAUCGGCUGUUAUUAAUAAUAAUAUUGAUAGUAUGAAAAAUAUUCCGUCAAUUAAUGAAAAAUUUAUUUGUGAAGAAUUACAAAUCAAUUAUGAUUUAAAAACGUUUAAAUUUUAUAAUGUUUUUCAAGCACUUGUAUAUACUAGUAAAGCUAGUCGUGUUGAUAGUGAUAAUGAAGUAAUGAAAAUGAUUGAUUUAGUUGAUGAACAAGCAGCGAAAAAAGUUGUACAAGAUUAUAUACGAAAACGAUUUGAAAAUCAAUAUGCAACUGAUUUAGCAUUAAAAGGACGUGCAGAACGUACAGAAUUAUCUACAAUUUUAGUUCAAUCAAUUCUACAAGCAACGGAUCAUGGUCAAGUAGUUCAACUAAUGCGAGAAGGUUUAACUCGUGGUAAAAUUCAAUUAGCUAUAGCAAAUUCUUCAAGUUUAGGAUUUAUUGAAUUAAAAAAUAAAUUAUUAGAUUUAAACGAAAACGUUCCACGACGUUUAGAUAUUAUUAAAAUAUUUUUAUUAGGAAGAGAUUAUAAACAAAAUGAUGAACCUGUUUGGAAUAAUGGAAAUGUUUUAUUUACACCUGAUUUACAUCAAUUUGAAAAUAUUUUCAAUACGUUAGGUUUUGACGCUGAAUGGGCAAAAAUAAAAGAAGAAUAUAUGAAACGUAAUUUACAUGUUUAUCGAGAUGGAUUUAAUCGACAUGGACAUGGUAAUACAAAACCAUCGUAUUGGGCAUAUGGAUAUAUGACAUUACAAAUGUACAAAGAUACCAUUUCACCCGAAGAAUUUCAAGAAUAUUGUAAAAUUCAUCAUGAUUGCUGCGGAGUUUCAUCAUUUUCCAGUCUAUUAACAUAA